AUGCCGAUACGUGUGAGAUCGCACGCCGCUUUGAUAACCGUGGUUGCCCUCAUUGCUGUGGCGUCGCGAGGCGUUCUCUCCCAACAGAAGCCGACUGAGUUGACCUUUCCGCUUCAAGUAUCGAUUCCCUCGUCAGACCCGCAAAACCUGCAGGAUCUCGUUCUUCUAGCACCGCGGAGCUCGCAGGAUGAUCGCAUCCAGAUCCGCGACGCAGCCGCCACAGUGGACGCGUCUGCGACCCCAGUUCCGCGCCGCUACACGGAAGAUCUUGUUUCGGCAAACGCAUCGCCGUCAGACGAGGCCGACGCGUAUCACGGCGCGAUAAGCGAUCACGCGAAGGAGGAUUUCGUGACGGAGCUGUCAGAUCCAGAGACAGGCAUGCCUCAAUCGGCGUCGUUCAGCAAUCUACAAUCACCCGCUUCACCAGUAGCAGCAACAGCUGGAGAAGAUAGUAACCAUGGCGAACCGGAGCCAUUGGCGGUAGCAGUCCAACCAGGCCAGCCCACCUCCGGUGACAUAUCUUCAUCUGCGGAGAAAAGGGGUUGGAUCGGCAGACCUGUGGAAGUCUCUCCGACUGUGAUCACUACCUCUGCCUCUGCCUCGUCGGAAGUACCGCUGACCGUCGCCUCUCUUGCUGCUCCUCUCACGACCGUUCCUGCACGAAGCAUCUCAACAUCAGGCGCCGUUUCUCCUUCUCUACACUCCGCAACCUUCCCUCAACCUUCAUUUGAGCCGACCCCGCAAGUUUCCGCGCAAUCAACGUCUGCUCCGCUCACUUUCGUCCGCCUCCCCGCCACCUCUGCGCAGUCCGCGUCAUCAUCCAGUCCCUCCUCUCCGCCACCUUUAGUCAGCGUUUUCGACCCGCGGGCAUUCGGCGCCGCGGGGAACGGCGUUAAGGACGACACCGCAGCUCUCAACGCCGCGUUCGCCGCUGCGUGCGCGUAUCGCGCACCCGUUCCCGCACCCCGUGGCCGAGCGGCUCGACCCACCGCGCCGACGCCUUCCUCUCCCAGCGGGCCUUCCUUCAAGAAGCAAGCGGACGCGAGCGACACGGAACCCAGCAAGCCCGACAAGAGAAACUCGGGGGAAAACGCGGUUCCCAGCGCUGGCAAUAGAUUGGCAGCGAGUGCGGCGCUUGCCUCAACUGCGGCGGAGCAAGGCGAGCGACGAGUGGCGCAGCAGCAGGGCAGUGCAAGCCCCGCGCGCAAUGAUGGUGCGGUGGCCUCGCAGCUGACUCCACGUCAGCUGACGACGGAUGCUGCGGCGAUGCCGGUCCAAGGAACCGCCAGCGGUGACGCCGGCGCGACGAUCCCCAUAGAUGCAGCUCUUGCGCCGGAGCGGGCGACGCUGCUCCUGCCCGCCGGACGGACGUUCCUGGGCCCUCGAUCGCAGAUCGACGGGCUGCUGCAGUUUGAGCCGAAUGCUGCGAAACGAACUGGUCGUGGCGCCAUGAUGGUGAUCACACGGGUGGACGGGUUGACUGUCGCGGGCGCCGGCAGGAUUGACGGCGGAGGUGACCUGCUGUGGCGGCGACCGGCGAAUAGCCGGCCGCACCUGCUGCUGCUGGCGGAAAUGCGGCGAGUGGUGGUGACGGGAAUCACACUGAGCAACGCGCCCAUGAUGCAUCUGGUGCUGCGAUCGUGCGUAGGCGCUGCGGUGAGUGGUAUCGCGACGCGCAGCCCUGGCUCCAGCCCCAACACGGACAGCAUCCACGUGUCAGCGUGCAGCAACGUCAGCAUCAGCGACUCAUGGUUGCACGGAGGCGAUGACGACGUGUCAAUCGUGGCGGGGUCGUCGGGCAUCAGCAUCAACAACGUGAUGUGUACCGCCGGCCACGGCAUCAGCAUCGGGAGUCUGGGCUACGGUGGCAAGACUGCAUGCGUGUCCAACGUGACAGUAACCAACUCGGUGCUGUCAGGGCUCUCCAACGGGGUGCGCAUCAAGACGUACCAGGGCGGCAGUGGCUCCGUGUUCAACGUGCGGUAUGAGAACAUCACCAUGCUCAACGUCGACCGCCCCAUUGUCAUCGACCAGGAAGGUCAUGUGCCUCGUAAUACCAUCAUGUCCGUUGCUCUGAUUGACUGCAUCACUUCGUUGUUCCUGCCCGCUUUGCGCUGUGAUAACCCACGCUUGGAUCCCAUGCCAUCGCCCCCUCAUCCGCCCCUCCUGCUCUGUCUCUCAUGCUUGCCCUCUUCACCCUCCCCUUUCCAACCCCCCACCCCCCUUCCUCAGUACUACUGUGACGCAGAGCCAUGCGGGUCGGGUGUGCAGGCACUUUCCAUCUUCAACAUCACGUACACGAACGUCACCGCCACGGCCGAUGCCACCAAGGGCCGGGGCAUCAUUCGCGGCAUCGACCUGGCAUGCAGCCGCAUCGUGCCAUGCACCGGCAUCUCGCUUUCCCAAGUGCGCAUAGCGGGGAGCACACGAGGAAGAGGGGCUGUGGGCAACAGAAGGGUGCAGCAGUCGUUGAUGGAGUCUUCGUCCCUUUCGAGCUUUGAUCCCGCAUCCCAAACCGCCAUGCGCCUCUCCAACGCCUUUGGCGCCAGGGAUGGCCGCGCGUUCCCGCUGGUGGAUCGCGGUGCAGCAGCGAAUCUGGAUUCUGCUGCUGUGGACGAGGACGCGACAGUGGCGGAUGCUCUGGUUUCCGCGGAGCAAAGAUUAGCGCUGGCAGCCCAGAGACUCAAGUGCGGGGGACGCGCGGGUGCCUCGCUGAUCACAGGGAGCAUGGAUGCAGCUAGCCAAAUUGGACCACCAGUGGAUGCAGUGAACUUGUUGGCGGGUGUGGAGGAGAAAGCGUCCGCAUAA